AACAGACCUUAAAAAGUAUCAACAAAUUGUCACUGUCAUAUUUUGUUGAAUUAUUUAUUUCAUCAGUUCCAAUUUAUAUAAAAUAUUAUUUCAAAAAACUAAAAAUGGAUCUAAGAUUGAGAAUGUCUCUAACCCCGGAGGAAAAACUCGCCAGGCAUAAAAGAGCUCUAAGAAGAUUUAGAGUUAUAGUUCAUCUGGUAAUGGCAAAUCGCUACUGGCUUGGGGAACUUGAAGAAACCGUAUUAACUGAUAAUGUUCGGAGGAAUAUCAAGCUCCUAACUAAAAGGAAAAAACCACUGAGUCCCUUGACUUUGGAACAAAAGUCGAUUCUCACCAAACCUAAAGAGCUACGAACUGAAGAAGAUAAACUAUUGCUACGUAGAGCCAUUAGUGGUAUGAAGUGUUUUAGAAAAUAUCCUAAUGAAACGAAAAAUAAACUGGCAGAAUGUACAUAUUUUGUUUAUUUUCCCCCUGGCAGAGAUAUUAUAAGACAGGAUCAAGUAGGACACGCCAUGUAUUAUAUAUUAACAGGCGAAAUAAGAAUAUGGGUAAGAACUUUUGACAAAUUCCUUGAAGAAUGGAUAGUCGCAGAAACAGGAACUCUAAAUGCAGGGGAUUUAUUUGGAGAAUUAUCUCUGUUGCACGAUAUCGUAAGGUUGGCCACAUUUACCACAAAAACUGAUUGUGAGCUGCUAAUGGUUAAAAAGGAAGAUUUCAAUGAGGUUAUUAGGGAAACUAUUAUUAGAACCUGGACGGAGAUACAUAAUGUAUUCGACACUUUUCCAUAUUUCAAACAUUGGGAUAUUCUGGAUAAACGGGUAGCUGUGACUUUAUCGAAAAUAAAACAUUUUGGACCAGAUGAAACUAUACUGGGGGAUAAUACAGGAUACAAAGAGUAUGUCUAUUUCAUAAUAAAAGGAACCUGUUGUAUAGUCGAAAAUUUGACAGUCACAGUUUUUUGUAUAAAGGGCUUUGAAACAUAUAUUCUUAGUCCCUUGCACGAUGAGGAUACAAGAUCUAUCAAAUUAAAACAAAUUCUUAGAAAAUAUAGAGAAUUUUUAGACAGCGAUGAUAAGUUAUCAAUUAUGUCAGAUAAAUCAAGAAAGUCCAGAAUGUCCGAGAGAAUGUCUAUUAAAUCUAGAGAAUCUAUAAAAUUUAAGAAACCUGAAGAAUCUACGAAAUCUGUCAAAUCUAAAGGAUCUGUUAAAUCUAGAGGGUCUGUCCAAUCUAGAGGAUCUGGCCAAUCUAAAGGAUCUGCCAAAUCUAGAUCUUCGAAAUCUGACAAAUCUAGGAAAUCUAGUGUGUCGCGUAAGUCCGUGAAAUCUCAUGUAUCAAUAAAACCAUCUCUUCUGUCGAAUGUAUCUGAAAUAUCAAGAAAAUCGGCGAAAUCAGAAAAACUUAUUAGAAUCAAAGAUUAUAUAAGUGCUACUUCAAGUGUGCCAACGAUAGGCUCAAAACCCCCUGCACAUACUUAUGGAAGACCGGAAUUACGAGAAGAAGUUCACUUUAUCAAAGUCUGCGAUCUGUAUACCGGCGGGUGCUUUAACAUCGGAGAAAAACUAAACAGAAGAAACGUGAUUGCACUAACGCCUGUUACUUGUUUGAUAACACCACGGUAUUUUUUAAUGAGACACAAUAAGGGCAAUAUAUGGAACAUGGUACAACAAUAUUUGACUCAUCAAAUUCCCAACACAGAGAUUGUUUUUAAAAAAUUCGUCGAGCAGAAAAAAUUUAAAAAAUUUAGCAAGUCGUUAAUUAGAAAUAUGCUGGAAACACAUAAGAUUCUGACAGGAAAUACAAUUCACAACAUACCUUACAGCAUUAGGCUUAGAGAGGGGGUCGACACUGACUAUUUUUAAUAGUAUUUGUUUAUACAAUAUUUUUUUAAGUUUAUUUUGUACUUCACAUGUAUAUAU